AUGGGAAAUGCCCUGACAUCAAGGAAGAAGCUUCCCAAAGAAGACUUGGAAUUUUUGAUGAGCAACACACAUUUUACAAAGAAACAGAUCAAACAGUGGUACAACGGCUUCAUUCGCGAUUGCCCUUCAGGUCAACUAAGCAAGAAAAAGUUCAUUGAAGUUUACUCCGGGUUCUUCCCCGACGGAAAUGCAGAGGAGUUCUGCACCCACGUUUUUCGAACUUUUGAUAAAGACAACUCUGGCAAGAUUGACUUUAAGGAAUUUCUACUUGCAAUAAACAUUACAUCGGGUGGCCGUCCGAAGGAGAAACUGGAAUGGGCCUAUCAGAUGUACGACAUUGAUGGAAACGGAACUAUAGAAAGAAGCGAAAUGGUUGAAAUAAUUCGAGCCAUAUACUCUAUGCUGGGAGCUGAUGGAUCGUCUGCCGAACUGAGUCCUGAAGCCCGCACGGAGGAGAUUUUUGCCAAGAUGGACGAAAACAAGGAUGGCGUGCUUACGCGCGAUGAAUUUAUGAAUGGCUGUCUUUCCGAUCAAUAUCUCCUCUCCAUGCUUCUGGCGGACGAACCUGCGGAAUAG